CGCGCGCCGCUCUCCCGCAGGCCAUGGUGAACCCCGGCGGCAGCGCRCAGCCGCCCCCGGUCACGGCGGGCUCCCUCUCGUGGAAGAGGUGCGCCGGCUGCGGCGGGAAGAUCGCCGACCGCUUCCUGCUCUACGCCAUGGACAGCUACUGGCACAGCCGCUGCCUCAAGUGCUCCUGCUGCCAGGCCCAGCUGGGCGACAUUGGCACCUCCUGCUACACCAAGAGCGGCAUGAUCCUCUGCAGAAACGACUACAUCAGGUUAUUUGGAAAUAGUGGUGCUUGCAGUGCCUGUGGACAGUCCAUUCCUGCUAGCGAGCUGGUCAUGAGGGCGCAGGGCAAUGUCUAUCAUCUUAAGUGUUUUACAUGCUCUACCUGCCGGAAUCGCCUGGUCCCAGGAGAUCGGUUUCACUACAUCAAUGGCAGUUUAUUUUGUGAACAUGAUAGACCUACAGCUCUCAUCAAUGGCCAUUUGAAUUCACUUCAGAGUAAUCCACUACUGCCAGACCAGAAGGUCUGCUAAAGGGUCAGAGUAAUGCAGAAUGCGUGCCUUCAUCUCAGACUUUGUUCAUCCCAGAUGGAUCCCAUGUCUCCAAGUAGACAAGUCACCUUUGUAGCUAGCAUCAAUGCCAGCUCCAUACCAUUGCACCUUCUUUAUUCUUGAUUGCCCUUCCCACAUUUAUUGGUGUAUUAAAAUGACUGAAUAUGAACAUUAAGGACUCCAUGAACCUGGGCUAAUGGGAGACUGUAGAGAAAAUGAAAAAAGAUCCACCGGAGGACAUCUUUGGGGGGGCGGGUGGGGAAGAUGACUAAUGAAGCUAAUUAAAAGAAGCAUUGAAAUCUGCUUUCUACCCUCAUUAACAAUUAGCAGGGCACUGGCCAGAGUUUGUACCCUGUGUUUUACCUUAACAACAUUCUCUUUGCUCUUUGUAUAUUUAAGUGUUGUAAGGAAAUGUGUUUCAAUCAAACUGAACAUGAGAUAAAGGAAAGAUGUGGCUUUUGUGAUACUCUAUCACAGACACUUUUAUUGUAUCUCUGUAAAAUACAAUGUAUGUAUGCAUGUAAGUGUUUUUGUCCUAAUGUUGCUACUCCCCAUGGCAAAAAAAAAAAAAARRAAAAARRAAAAAAAAACCCGUCAGGCUCAUAGCAGCUACUGUGUAGAAAUUUUCACCUACUUCUAAUUUGCUGAAUGAAGAAAAAUCUUUUAUUUGUGAUAUUUUCA